GUGGGAGGGACCGAGUUUUGACAAAACUAGAUGCCAUCUGCAAGAACAAAAAAACGGCUUCUUGCAAAAACGGCAGCGAUGCAAAGAGUUCACUGAGAAGCAGCACUGUUUGCCGAUACAUUAGUAGUAAUAUUUUUGAUUAUUAUUGAUAUUAUUAUUCUUUUGCAGCGGGGUGAACAGGACAGGGAUGUCAGAGUGCUAGCUGUCAGCCUGCUUUUGUCAUUCCUCGCUUUCCUCCGCAGAUCCUCUUCAGCUUCAACCUGAUCAGCUCAGCUCAGGCUGCUGUAACACCGUCUGCUGUGGGAGAAGUGCCUGAUGCUCAGACCUGGCAGGAUGGACGAGUUUGUGACCGAAGAGGACGAGCCAUGGUACGACCAGAGAGACCUGGAGCAAGAUCUGCACUUGGCAGCGGAGCUAGGGAAAACCCUUCUGGAACGCAACAAGGAGCUGGAGGAUUCGCUGCAGCAGAUGUACGUCACCAACGAGGAGCAGGUGCAGGAGAUCGAGUACUUGUCCAAGCAAGUGGAGAUGCUCCGGGAGAUGAAUGAACAGCAUGCAAAGGUCUAUGAGCAGUUAGACGUCACCGCUCGAGAGCUUGAGAUCACCAAUGAAAAGCUGGUGUUGGAAAGCAAGGCUUCUCAUCAGAAAAUAGACAGGUUGACGAACACUAUGGAGAUGCUGCAGGGCCAGGUGGACACGCUGACGGCCCGUGUGGAGGAACUGCGCACCCUUGAAGAGCUCAGGGUUCGCAGGGAGAAGAAAGAGAGGCGAAAAACUGUGCACUCCUUCCCCUGCCUCAAGGAGCUCUGCACCGCACCCAGGUAUGAGGAUGGAUUCAGGGUGUUUGGUCCAGGUAGUGGUGACCUCCAAGAGCGGAGGCCAGCAGAUGAAGAAAACGAGCACCUGCGGGCAUUGGUCGCAUCUCUCCGUGCAGCUGUAACAGCCGAGCGAGGACGACGGGAGAAUGCAGAGCGCGAGUGCACCGCCGUGUUGCAGGAGUUUGAGCGCUUGGAGCAGCGACUUCUGGGUGCCGAGGGCUGCCAGCAGCGUGUCCACGAGCUGGAAGCAGAGCUGCAGGAGCUACAGCAGCUACGCAAGUCCCGUGCCUGUUUACUCGCUGCUGAGGAUGGCCUGGAGCAGACGCUGCUCAACAGUGCCCCGGAAACUGAUACGGUGGAAGAUAUUGCAAGUGCAACCCAAGAGAGCACUGGAGAGCCGCCGGUACGCAAAAGCUGCAGUGACACGGCACUAGACGUCAUCUCGGGAGUAGAUGCUACCGGACGACGCAAGGGCAGCUAUGCGCUCCAUGCCAACGGUGUGCGCAAGCGUGGCAUGUCCAUCUUGCGUGAAGUAGAUGAGCAGUACCAUGCGUUGCUCGAGAGGUAUGAGGAGCUCUUGGGCAAGUGCAGGCGCCAUGAAGAGAGUCUGUGCCAUGCCGAGGUACAAACUUCACGGCCGGUCUCCAGAGACCCGUCCAUGAAAGAGUGUCGUGCAACUGAGGCUGUCACGCAGCAAAGCACCCCACCACAGACACCCUCGACACCUGAGGCCAUGGAGGGCAUCAGUCGGCAGGUGGAGGCUGUGGACAAGAGGUUGAGCCAGAACACACCAGAAUACAAGGCUCUGUUCAAAGAGAUCUUCUCACGUCUGCAGAAGACUAAGUCCGACAUCAACUCCACCAAAGGGAGGAAAAGUGGAAAAUAGCUCUAGGUUUUUGUUUUUUUUUCUCCUUAGAGAAAUGCAUGGUAGGCUCUAUUGUUCUACCUCAAUUAAGACCAGUCUUAAUUGUUUAAUCAGCCAGAUUCAGUAAGCUGACAUCUGAAAAGGCUUCAUGAUAGUGCAGAGCUAAUGGGUAGAGUAGAAUGGCUUACUCGCCAUGUUGGUGCACCUCACAUGAGGACCAGCAUCGACAAAGCAGAUCACUGAUGUCUGAUGGUUCUUUCCUUGGUUGUUUGUGUUUUAAGGAAGGUUGUUUCUGAUCGUUGGUUUUUCUGGACCCUAAUUUACUAGCAAGGUACCAGUAUGUAUAUUAAAAAAAUGCCAAUGCUUAUUCUUCCUAUUUCCUUAACUGUAUGUAAUACCUUCUAUUCUGUAAUCAUCUCUUUCCAAAAUUAAAGACGCUUUGCUUAUA